UGGGGACCGCAUAUGGAGAGCCCCACGCCAGAAAAUUCACUACCUGCAAAAGGCCAAUACUCUCGCUUUUCUGCCAUGGAUGCUCUAAAAUCAGACACAAAUAACAUAUUAGAAUCUAAUCUUUUACAGUUUUUUUUUCACAUUUCACAUUGUAAGAUUUAGAUUUGCUUGUCACUAAUUUUCACGUAUGUGUGUGUGUGUAUAUAUAUCAUGAAAUGUAUAUCACUCAUUUUCGUUAAUAUAUGUAUUUAUGUCAUAUCCUGUAAUAAAUAGUAUAAUUGUUAAGCUAUUUCAUUAAUAUAUGUAUUUAUCUUAUAUAAUAUGUAAUAAAUGUAGAAAAGAGUCGUUAUGUGUGUUAACUCAAUAAUCCUUGACCAACCCAUCGUAAUUCCUUUCUGUAAAGCAUUAGUUCUCUCUCUCCCUCUCUCUCUAUAUAUGUGUAUGUAUAUAACUAUAUAUAUAGAUAUCUCUUUCCCUGCCCAGUUUUGAUUUAAUCUAAAAUGGCUUUCUGGUUGGUCUUUUGUGGUCACAUUGUUGUUUUUCUGUCUCUGGUGGCAUUUGUGACAUCCCUCCAAGUAAAUGGAGAGAAGAUAUAUAAGAUGACCAGCCAAUCAUCAUCAAACGGCUGUGAUCUUUUCAGAGGGAGUUGGGUAUUUGAUGAUACCUAUCCCCUCUAUGAUGCCUCUGAUUGUCCUUUCAUUGGACUGAAUUGUCAGAAGAGUGGGAGACCUGAUAAUAUGUACCUCAAAUAUAGAUGGAAGCCAGAUGGUUGUGACCUUUCAAGUUUCAAUGGACAGAAUUUGUUGGAGGAAUUUAGGGGCAAAAAGAUCAUGUUUGUGGGGGACUCUUUAAGCUUGAACCAGUGGCAGUCACUAAUAUGCAUGCUUCACACUGCACUCCCAAGGUCCAAUUACACCUUAGUCAGCAGAGGGCUGCUCUCCACAUUUUCAUUUCCCGAUUAUGGAGUUUCCGUUAUGUUUUUGAAGAAUGGAUUUCUAGUGGACAUAGCUGUUGAAAAAAUAGGCCGAGUUCUAAAGCUGGACUCAAUCAGCACCGGCAACCAGUGGAAAGGAGUCGAUGUUUUGAUCUUCAACAGCUAUCACUGGUGGACUCACGAGGGUCGCUUUCAAACAUGGGAUUACUUUGAAGUUGGUGGUAAUUUAUCCAAAAACAUGGAUCAUAUGGAAGCUUACAAAAUAGCUUUGACAACUUGGGCUCAAUGGGUUGAUUCCAACAUAGAUCCUUCAAAGACAAGACUCUUCUUCCAAGGAAUUUCUGCAGUCCAUUACCAUGGGAAGGAAUGGAAUGAACCAAAAGUGAGGAGCUGUGAAGGGCAAACAAAACCAAUAGAGGGAUCAAAUUAUCCCGGCGAUCAUUAUCCAGGAGAAGCAGUGGUGAAGAGCGUGUUGAGUAGCAUGGAAAGGCCUCCCUUUUUGCUGGACAUCACAUUGCUCACUCAAUUAAGGAAAGAUGGUCACCCAUCCAAAUAUGCUGGCGGUGAUGGUGGCAGUGCCACAGCCACGGACUGCAGUCACUGGUGCCUCGCUGGUGUUCCUGAUACCUGGAACCAACUUUUAUACACAAUUUUGUUCAACAAGUAAUUUUUUUUUUUUUUUUUUUUUUUUUUUUUAAAUGGUGAGGUUGAGAUGGAGUGUGUUCGUUUUAUAUCAUGGCUAAUCAAUAGAUAAACAAUUUUGGGGCAAAUGCAACAAUUAGUCUAUUUCAAGGGAGUUUGAUAUCGUUUUGUUUGGAUUCAAUCUAACAUAAUUUAAGCUGCAGUUGAAUUCUGAUGAUGGUAGAAGACAGUGAGAAACAGGAAGAAGACUGAGAAAUUCCCAAACCAGUGACGACAAGGCAAACAUU